GAUCCUUCAAGGAAGCUGGCUCAGAGACAUGAUCAUGUGAUUAUGAUUGCUUGACAAAGGGGUGUAACCUUUAUGUGAAUUGUUAUACUUCAUAAAUUUUAUCAUCUGGGAAAUACAUCUAUCUAUCUCAACUGGAUCUUUUUCCAAGGAGAGCAAGAAACGAGAGUAAAUGUCUUGAGGGGAGAGAAACUUGAAGAAUUGAGCUUGUCCUCAAAGCAGGUCCAGGAGCAGAUCUGGACCAUGGAUGGUGAUCUGAUGGCUACUCCUGAAAAGAGAGUAGUUCGAGGAUCCGGGAAAGCCACACUUGCACUUCAGGGGAAUGAGACCACUCCCAAUUUUCUGGAGGACAUGCAGUGGAGUGGGACAAGAGGACAAGACCCAGGCCAGCUGGACAUGUUGAAGAAAGCUCAGGAGUUCUUCCAGACCUGUGACACAGAGGGCAAAGGCUUCAUUGCCAGGAAGGACAUGCAACGGCUUCACAAUGAAUUGCCUCUCAGCUUGGAGGAUCUGGAAGAUGUAUUUGAUACCCUGGAUGCUGAUGGCAAUGGCUUCCUGACUCCAGAGGAGUUCACCAGUGGAUUUAGUCAUUUCUUCUUUAACCAAAGUAUAUCUGAUGAAGAGGGGGCCCAGCCCCAGGAAGAGAAAAUCUAUGAGUCCAGGUGGGAAGAAGUGAUUGAAAACAGGGAUGAAGAUGAGGAAGACCAGUUCCACACACUGAUGGAUAAACUUGGAGCACAGAAAAUUUUAGAAGAUGAAAGUGAUAUUAAGCAACUUUGGGAGCAGCUAAAGAAACAUGAACCUAACUUGCUGUCCAACUUUGAAGAGUUUCUCUCCAGAAUAUUCUGCCAGCUCCAGGAAGCCCACAAGGAGAAGGAUGAACUUGAAUGUGCCCUGAGAAAGAAAAUUGCUACAUAUGAUGAAGAAGUUCAGCAUCUCUAUGAGGAAAUGGAGCAGCAGAUAAAAAAUGAGAAGGAACAAUUUCUUCUAAAGGACAUGAAGAGAUCUCAGUGCCAGAGUCAGGAGCUGGAGCAAAAGCUGGUGUCAAAGGAACAGGAGCUGGAACAGCUUGUCCAGAAGCAGAAACGGCUGGAAGGUCAGUUCAUGGACCUCAGCAAUGACAAGCAUGAAACCAAAGCAGAGAACACUAAACUUAAACUCACUAACCAGGAACUGGCCAAGGAACUGGAGCGGACCACGAGGGAACUCCAGUACGCCCAACUGCAGCUUGAGAGCCUGCAGCAAGAGGCCUGCAAGCUGCAGGAGGAGAAGGAGAGGGAAGUCUAUCAGGUAACAGAAAGUUUGCAGAGAGAAAAGACAGGACUUUUGAAACAACUGGAUUUCUUAAGGGAAAAGAACAAGCACCUACGGGAUGAACGGGACAUGUGUUUGCAGAAAGAUAAAGCAGCAACCACAUCAAAAGCAAGCUGGAAACAAAGAUCUGGCUCUAUCAUCGGAAAAUAUAUGGAUGGAAAAGGAAUCCCUAGAUGCCAAUCAACUGAUGAGGAAGAUGUGUUCAGUAUCUCAAGAAGGAGAAGUUCCAUUGGCCUGAAUGGGACCACAGAUGGGGAUGCUGGGGCCAGUGGACCAUGUGUUCGGGCUCUCCGGAGGAUUAUAUCCAUUGAGGAGGAUCCCCUGCCUCAGAUUCUGGAUAGGCAUUCUGAGGGACAGCUGAGUCGAUGUCCAGAAGAGGAGGAGCGCAUUGGGCAGCAUCAAGAGGAAAAGAACCAGGAAGCCCCAUCCUUGGAACCCACAUCUCCUCGAGGGCAGCCAGUAGGGAAAGAAACAGGGAUCCAUGAGAACAGCUCUUCCAACUCCCCAGAUCGGCUUUUCAAGAUUAUAUUUGUGGGCAAUUCUAGUGUGGGGAAGUCAUCAUUUAUGAGGAGGUUUUGUGAAGACCGAUUCUGCCCAAGCACAUCCGCUACUGUUGGGCUAGAUUAUCAAGUAAAGACAGUGAAAGUGGACAAAACCCAGGUGGCCCUGCAGCUAUGGGACACAGCUGGGCAGGAAAGGUACCGCUGUAUCACCCAGCAGUUCUUCCGCAAGGCAGAUGGUGUCAUUGUGAUGUACGACAUCACAGCCAAGCAGACAUUCAUGUCCAUCCGCCAAUGGCUGACAAGUGUAGAGGAAGCUGUGGGAGAGAACAUUCCCAUCCUUCUUCUGGGCAAUAAGGUUGACAAUGAAAAAGAGCGAGAAGUUCCUCUGGGAAAUGGAGAACGUCUUGCCAAGGAAAAUGAUUUGAUCUUCUAUGAAUGCAGUGCGUAUUCGGGCUAUAACGUCAAAGAAUCUUUGCUUCACCUCGCCAGGAUCCUCAAAGAACAAGAAGACACUGUGAAAGAGAAUAUCAUCCAGGUCCACCAUCAACCCAAGAAGAAGGCUUGCUGUGGCCAGCAGUAGAGGGAUGUGUUUUGAGACCAUGACAGAUCCCAUAUUAGAUUUAGAGUGCAAGUUCUUUGUUAAAGGCUUCUGCCCAGAGCUUAAUUCACUUUAAUAACUCAUUCCUCCUGGUUGGGACAUUCCAACCUUGUGGAAGCUACUUUUAGACACUAGAGUUCUAUUUCUCCCUCUCCUCUUCCUAAACCCCAGAUGUCCAUUUUUUAAAGCUGGUUUCCUAUAGUGAAGAAGAAGGUGGGGAUGGAGAGGGGAGGGAUGGACUUGACAAAGUUCACUAUGUGCCUUUAUACAUCAUUUUUUCUUCCCUAACCCAUUUUUAAAUAGGACAGAUUUGCUGCUUAUUGGACAGCAACCUGAGUCCUCCUCAGGGAUUAUAUAAAGGCAUGUUCUUUGGUAACUAAACUGUCUCUGUAAGCACUUCCUAGACCUUGAUCUUAUUUAGCUGUGUUUAAAUUACUUCAACUCAAUAAAGAUUUCUUGUGAAAAUAUACCAAGAACAGAGAACUCAUAUUCCCAUCCCAAAUUUUUCUAGCAUGUUCUAACUAAAAAUGGAAUUGGGACUCUGGGCUUCAGUUACUUCAUUUAUUAAAAAAAAAAUGGAGGUGGGACUCAAGACCCCAUAACAGCACACCAUUGGCUAGAUCUCUUGCCCUACCCCAACCCCGACCCAGGCUGCAAGGAGAAACUUCUUGGCCAGUAACAUUGCUCAUUAUGAUUGAUCACUUUUAGUUUCCUUGGAAGUGUGCCUCACAAAGGACCCAUGACCUCACCUCCAAAUCUUUACCUCCCCUUCCUCCUCCCACCAAGCUUUUGUUGGUGUUUGUCCUACAUUCUUGAAGAGGACAUCAGAAAGGGGCUACCAAGCUGGACUGUGGGCAAUCAUACUAGAUCAGGGGUUAGGAAAGUGAGAUUACUAUUUGGUACUGGGUGAGAGAUGAAAAUCAAAAGGUAGGAAAGGAGGAGGGAAAGAGGGGGGAAGGGAGGAAGGGAAGGAAGGAAGGAAAGAAAAAAGGAAAGAAGGAAGAA